AUGCCUGAAGGAGGCCCUCCGUCCACGCCAUCUAAGAGAGCCAUCCCCGCCAUGAUGAAUGGUAGCUACAUGGAUAUCAUAUCCAUUUUCAAGGCCAUUAGUGGCAUGCUGGAGCAAGGGGCGGAUCGCUUCAAAGACGCCCAUAAACUCGGUAUCUUCAAAGCAACCGUGCCAGACUCGACGGAAUCGAAUUCCACCAAGUCCAACUCGACUACCUUGGUCCAGCUCGGUCAACGCUUCCGAGUCCUUGUCAACACUGACGCUCUUACGCACAAUGAUAUUGAUAUGAUUUACUUCUAUACUCUGCUUCUAUCUAUCUUCUCUUGGGCCAUUACUUAG